GGAGUCUGGAUCUGUCAUCAUAUAAAUAGUGGCCGUCCCGGAGACCUGUGUCAGUGCCUGUUGAAGUGAGACAAGCGACACAAUCUCAGACCCUCUUUGUCCUUCUUCUAAGCCUUCAAAUAAAGAAAGAACGCUCUUCGUCACAAGCGCCAUGAUGUUCGUGUGGGCGUGCGUCGGCCUGGUGCUCACGGUGGGCUCGGCGAACACAGCCUCCGCCCAGACUCAAGUCCAAGACCCUCUGGAGUGCUCAGCGGAGGAGUAUCUGGAGGCUCAGCGCGCCAUCCCUCGCAGCCUCAGUGUCUUCUAUAAGCCGCUGUUGGUGGAAGACUUCAGUGAGAUGAGAAGCACCCUGAGUAAUGAAAAUUCCGUGAGGUGGCACGUCAAUUGCAUCCUGUACGACAAGGCGUGCACCAGGCUGGGCAAGGCAAUGCAGUAUUUUGUGACGAAUCAGGGUGGCGCGCGGAUAUGCAAGUCCUGCCAGACCGCUUGUGUGCAGCGCCGCAUCAGAACUGUGCUGCAGGAGAUCCACUGUCAGUACCCGCAGAUCUCACAAGAAAUCAGAGAAUUCUUCAUGCGCAAAGAUGGCGUGGACAUCCUCACCUUCUUCCUGGGCAACAACCCCGCAUGCUAGCCUGCCUCACGUGCCGCCGCUCCCUCGUCCCUGCCUUCCUCCAUCACGACGGCUGACCGAGGAUGAUGCCCGAGUACAUUCUUCACUACUGACCGACCGACCACAUUCACCAGUGCUGUAGUUACACACACACACACACAAAGAUAAGUGACCAACACGCCGCACUCAGGUGUUACGCAUGCAAGCCGCACCGCAACACACCAACAUUUUAUUUCCUGCUUCUAGUUGGUAAUUUAUGAAGUUUCUUUUUUUGAUUAGUAAAGAAUGAACUGCAGAUGCAA